AUGACGUAUGGUGAUAUGAAAGACGAUAAGAGUUUCCCCAGCCUCAACUCCGACUUGGAUUUGAACAACCUAUUUACCGCAAACUCAACUAUCCUCCCUUCGAAAACAUCCCAUAAACUUCCUCGAAAUACACAAAACAAGAUCUACAGCAUGGCUUCGAUCAAGUCUCCUAAAGAUACUGGACAGGAACCCAAUCUUCAGACAAUGAAUACCAAUACCAAUAAUCCACCGCCUGAAAGCGAGGCGAAUGGACAGACUGAAGUCGAACGAGACAAAUUGGACGACGAGAAAUCCUCCUCUGAGCAACUUAUGCCGGCAAGGAUUCCUUACAACAAUGGGUACGGUGACUUCUGCUUUGGGCGAUGGGCACUUCGACGAAGGGUGUGUGAUUGGACAGGAACUGUACAAGACCAAGAAUUCUGGGAGAAGGGCAGCAAUGGAGUUGUUGUACCUGAACUUGAUGGCUUCAAGAGAGAUGGACCGUUCCCUUUCUUCAGUCUGCCUCUGCUUGUACGCGAUAUGAUCUAUCGUUUGCUUCUCGGCCCACUGUACGAAUAUGAUGAGAAUGACAAGACGAGUUACAUCAGACUUUACGUAGAACAACCAGAGAAAUCGCAUGCCGAUCGCUAUGAGCAUGGUUACGAACACUUCAUAGGUAUGGAGAGAAAAGCGUCCGCCGUCGAGUUAGAUGACCCCAACUCCUCUACCAAGCCAGAAACAACAAUCGAAGAGUAUGAGCAACAGUUAAUCGUCCACCGCCACAAAUAUGCUGUUCAUCCUUCCCGGUCAACUUCUUAUCAAAUCGGGUUAUUCCCUACGUGGCAGGGGGGAAGCUUGAAGGAGGAGCGUACGGACUCUUGGUAUCUCGAGUGGUUACGAAAGCUUUCAAACGUAUCCAACAAAUUCAGACAUGAGUUGGGACAUGUAUUCUGGACUCGAAUUGCUAUCGACGCCUCUCUGCCUACAAUGCGCGGACCAUACUCUGUUCUGCAACUCCUUCAUGAUCGAUCGUCGAUUCACGCUGGAAUCAAAGACAUUACCGUCAAAGUCGAUCUCGAGGCGGAGACACAAGGCCUGGUCAUGACCGCCGCUCUUGUUAACUUCAAAGAGCUCUGUGACUUCAUCGGCGACCGACUCGUUCUCGAGACGUUCUGUGUGCAACUUGAAAUGGAAGAAGACUCCCUUUCCGACAUUUUUCGAUCUGAGUAUUUGAUGGAUUAUCUUCAGCCGGGUCGACAAUUACAAGUUAGGAAGCGCUUCUCCGUCCAAUCCGCCAUUUAUCUCAAUAAUAAUCAUAAAUCCCACUCUUCCGAAGAAUGGGAUGAUUUUACGGAAAAUCUACGGAUGAAGUAUGAAAAAUUCAUCACAGACGUCAUGCUACCUGACACCCUGCGGUGGAAGCCAGCGACUGACGAGAUGAACGUAUAUCUUCAAUCACGCUCUGAUAGUUUAGUCGUACCACCAUCCUCGCUUCCAUGA